UGGAAGAACGUUUGUUUCAAUUGAUUUUAUCUUAUUCUUAACUUUGCUUCUGUGUCUAGGAGUUACAGAUCAAGCAUUUGAGACUACAAAUAAUUGUGGAAAGACACAAGAUGUUUUCAAAUCCGAUAAUAAUUGGGCUAUUGUGCCUGACAGGAGUCAACGCACAAACUGCAACCGAAACAGCAGAGAGUGGCCAAUUAUUACCAACUCAAUCAUCACUCCUAGUAUCCGCCCUCUCAGCCUACGAAACCAGCGCCCUAGCAGCAUCACAGUUCUCCGCCAUUGCUUCAGAGCUUGCUACCGCCACCGCUGGGCCUGCAGACCUCCUCGUACUAGCUGCUGAUGCGAUCGCGCAAGAUAAUGCUGGCGGGACUUCCUUCAGUGCCGAGGUAGCCUCCGUCCUCUCCGAAUACCCUCCUGAUGUCUCCUCCUGGUUUGUUUCUCUCACAAUGGGCGAGCAAAACAUCGUUACGAGUGUGCUGGGCACCACGCUGGUUCCUACUGGUGCGGCGGAUGAUCUUGGUGGAACGAGUUCUGGGACGGGGCCAGUAGUUGUUGCGACUGCUACAGGGAGUGGGACGACGGUCACGGGCACUGGGACAGCGGGGGCAAGUAAGACGACGAGUAGUGCUUCGAAGAACGCUGGACCGACGUUGGGAGCGAUGAGCGGUGCUGCAUGUGGUGUGGUAGCUUUUGGAGCUGCUGCUGCUUGCGCUAUUGGAAUGAUGUAGUCGCCAGAUGGAGCGUACGAGUUUCUCCCAGUAUUGUCGGUCAGGGCAAAAUCGUUCCGCCGACUCUGGAAAUUUUGCUAGACCGGGCUUUGCUACAGCAGACUCAAGAGGUCACCAAAUAAGUCAAGUGCUGUAGUGAUUAGUUCAGGAGAAGAUAUUCA